GUGACCUUUGAUGAUGUGGCUGUGACUUUCACCCAGGAGGAGUGGGGGCAGCUGGACCUAGCUCAGCGGACCCUGUACCAGGAGGUGAUGCUGGAAAACUGUGGGCUCCUGGUAUCUCUGGGGUGUCCUAUUCCCAGACCUGAGCUGAUCUACCACCUAGAGCAUGGGCAGGAGCCAUGGACCAGGAAGGAAGACCUCUCCCAAGACACCUGUCCAGGUGACAAAGGAAAACCUGAGAACCCAGAACCUACCACCUGUGAGCUAGCCUUGUCUGAAGAAAUCUCAUUCUGGAGACAACUAACACAAGGAGCUUCAGGGGACUCCCAGUUGGGGCAACCCAAGGAUCAGGAUGGGUUUUCAGAAAUGCAGGGAGAGCACUUGAGACCAGGGUUAGAUUCCCAAAAGGAGAAGCUUCCUGGAAAAAUGAGCCCCAGACAUGAUGGUUUAGGGACAGCUGAUGGUGUGUGUUCAAGGGUUAUACAGGAUCAGGUCUCCUUAGGAGAUGAUGUCCGUGACUGUGACUCUCAUGGAUCAGGUGAAAAUCCAGUGAUUCAGGAAGAGGAGAAUACCUUUAAAUGCAGUGAAUGUGAAAAAGUGUUUAACAAGAAACGUCUGCUUGCUCGGCAUGAGAGGAUUCACUCUGGAGUGAAGCCCUAUGAAUGCACAGAGUGUGGAAAAACCUUUAGCAAGAGUACGUACCUCCUGCAGCACCACAUGGUCCACACUGGGGAGAAGCCCUAUAAGUGCAUGGAGUGUGGAAAGGCUUUUAAUCGGAAGUCACACCUUACCCAGCACCAGCGGAUUCACAGUGGAGAGAAGCCUUACAAGUGCAGUGAAUGCGGAAAGGCCUUCACCCACCGCUCCACUUUCGUCUUGCAUAACAGGAGCCACACUGGAGAAAAACCCUUUGUGUGCAAAGAGUGUGGCAAAGCCUUUCGAGAUAGGCCAGGUUUCAUUCGACACUACAUCAUCCACAGUGGUGAGAAUCCCUACGAGUGCUUUGAAUGUGGCAAGGUCUUCAAACACAGGUCAUACCUCAUGUGGCACCAGCAGACUCACACCGGGGAGAAGCCCUAUGAGUGCAGUGAAUGUGGGAAGGCCUUCUGUGAGAGCGCAGCCCUGAUUCACCACUAUGUCAUCCACACUGGGGAGAAGCCCUUUGAGUGCCUCGAAUGUGGGAAGGCUUUCAACCACCGAUCGUACCUCAAGAGGCACCAGCGGAUUCACACUGGGGAGAAGCCUUAUGUGUGUAAUGAAUGUGGAAAGGCCUUUACCCACUGCUCUACUUUUAUCUUGCAUAAAAGGGCCCACACUGGAGAAAAGCCUUUUGAGUGCAAAGAAUGUGGGAAAGCCUUUAGCAAUAGGGCAGACCUUAUUCGACACUUCAGCAUCCACACUGGAGAGAAGCCCUAUGAGUGCAUGGAGUGUGGAAAGGCCUUCAACCGCAGGUCAGGCCUCACAAGGCACCAGCGGAUUCAUAGUGGAGAGAAGCCCUAUGAAUGCAUUGAGUGUGGGAAAACAUUUUGCUGGAGCACAAACCUCAUUCGACACUCCAUCAUCCACACUGGAGAGAAGCCGUAUGAGUGCAGUGAAUGUGGAAAGGCCUUCAGUCGCAGCUCAUCCCUCACUCAGCAUCAAAGGAUGCAUACUGGGAGAAAUCCUAUCAGUGUAACAGAUGUGGGAAGACCUUUUCCAAGUGGGCAGACCUCAGUCAACAUCCAAGAACUUUUAUUGGGGAAAAACUUUUUGAAUGUCACCACUGAGGAAAAUCUUUUGCAAGAGGAAGCAUCUUACAUGGCAUCUGAUCAUACCUACCAAAGAGAAACCCCACAAGUGUCUUCACUGUGAGAAAACCUUCUGUUGCCAAAUGUCAUUUGUCACCUAAGGAGUCAUAUUAGAAAAUCACACAGCUUAGAGCCUUAUUCUCCAUCUGAAUUCAUCCUGGAAAAACACCCAGUGGUUAUUAUGCACUUAGGAAAACCUUUAGCUCCAUCUUUGUCGUUAGUUUACAGUGCAGUGUUAUCUCAGGAAUUUUUAUAAAAAGAGGUGACAUAGAAAAAAUGAAAUGCAGACACUGCUUCUUUUAUACUGUUGUCUUAUAUGUACGUUUCUGUCCCACGUCAGAAAAGUUAGUAAGGCAAGGUCUUCUUUGUUCUGCAACAUUGUCUCUUCUUAAGAAGCAUUGUUUUUAUGAGAAAUAUGAAGGCUUGAGUUAUGAAAUACUUUUAUAUUUAAGGAUUAAAGGAAACAUGAA